GCUGUGGCAUCCUGAGAUCUGGACAGAGGACUGCUGCCUUCUCUGCUCUGAUCACCCAGCACAGUCCAAGGAUCUGUAGGUCACUCCUAGACAUGAGGACAUUCAUCCUGUUUGCUGCCCUUCUCCUCCUGGCUCUCCAGAUCCAGGCUAAGGCUCCCCAAGGAAGAACUGAGAAGGCUCUAAAUCAGGAGCUGGGAGAAGACGACCAGGAUAUGGCCGUAUCCUUCGGAGGGGAUGAAGCCUCUGCUCUUCAAGAUGCAGACGUACGAUCAGGCUUGGUCUGCUAUUGCAGAAGAACGAGCUGUGGUUUCCUAGAACGCAUCUAUGGAGCAUGCAGGUACCGUGGCGUUAUCUACCGACUCUGCUGCCGCUGAGCACGGAGAACAUGAAGAAGUGUUUGUGAUACGAGUUGAGAGCUAGAAGGACGUUGCUGUUUCUCCUGUGCUGUGUCCUUGAGUUUCUCGCCGCCCCCCCCCCACUACAACUAAAUAAAAUCCUU